AUGUCUAUCUCAGAUGAAGCCCUAAAACAGCUCUUGGAAGGCCCAGCUUUGGACCCUCCACCAGGCAUGCACCCGAAUUUCAUCGAUCCACCAAACCUCCAGUCUCAAAUCCGCGCUGUUGAAAUUUUGACUCUCCUUCUUGCUACAUUUGCAGUGGUCACCCGUAUUUACACAAAAGCUCGGAUCCUCAAGAGAGUUGCAUCAGAAGACUGUAUGUAGGAAAGGUAUCUCUAUCAGAUCAAGCUUGCUGACUUUCGCAGAUCUCUGCUUUCUGUCUUGGGUACAUCAAGACUAAGGCCGGUUUCAAUUCAAUCUAAUUUUUGAUAGGCACUCUAUGUUGCGGUUUAUAUCCCAACUAUUCUCGGAUCGAACGCAACCGCCAACAGACAUCAAUGGGACGUGAAACUCAAAGACAUGAAGGACUUCUUGUUUGUAAGAGAACCAUAGUGAAGGUUUCUCUGACUCACGGAUUCGUGGCUGACCUCAAAUACAGUACAAGAGCAUAGUGGUGACCAUGUACGGGUUUGUCGUCUUGGCCAUGAAAACAUCCAUUCUUAUCCAGUACAUCAAGAUCUUCAGCAUGAACAGACGAAAGUCCUUCUAUUGGAAAUGCCACGCCUUGAUAUGGCUCAACGUUGUUUUCUACUUGACUUUAGCAUUUCUUGAGAUCUUCGCCUGCUCGCCGAGGGAGAAAAUAUGGACUCCUUGGUUACCGGGUGGAAAGUGCUUGCGGGUGCGAGAAGUGAAUGUCUCUGCUGCAGCAGUUAAUGUAGUUUCGGACUUCGUCAUGGUUUUGCUUCCACAGAAACAUGUGUGGAAAUUGAAUAUUAGUACGAGAAAUAGGUUGGGCAUUUCUUUAGCCUUUGCUACAGCAAUAUUGUAAGUCACUUCCAAAAAGUUAUCAGAAACCCACUCACAUUUUUCAGGGCCUCAAUAUGCGCCGCGGUCCGCCUAAAAUAUGCAGUUAUUUACCUUCGACACGACGAUUUCACAUGGCUAUACAGUCAGAUGGCAAUAUGGAUGUUUCUGGAACUCGGUAUUGGAAUUGUUGCCUGUUGUCUACCAACGCUGCCGAGAUUCUUUAAAGCAUUGGCAGAAAAGCCACUUUUUUCCAGCAUCAAUUCGACUCUGCACUCUUUUCUCAGUCCUUCAAAUCGUAACAACUCAGACAAAUCAACUUCCCCAAGCACGGUCCAAGGUCAUAAGUCCUCGGCUGGUCAUAUCAAUCAUGCUCCUUCAGAAACCUAUGAGGAGCUGGAAGAAGACUUUGAACUACCAAUUCAAAACCCUUUAUCAAGUCGAAGUCGUGUCUAUAAAGCCUCGGUAUAA